AUGGGAUCUUCAUCACAAAAGAAGGUUACGCCAAGGAAAUUCUUAAAAAGUUCAAGGAUGGAAGACUGCAAGGCAAUCAACACACCAGUGGAGUGUGGGAUCAAAUUAUCCAAGAACGAUGGAAGAGAAAAAAUGGAUCCUACAUUAUUCAAGAGCUUGGUUGGAAGUUUACGAUACUUAACUUGCACAAGGCCGGACAUUCUUUAUGCAACAGGGCUUGGGAGUCGCUAUAUGAAAAAUCCAACCUACAUCCACUUCAAGGAAGCAAAGAGAAUACUACGAUAUCUCAAAGGUACGCUUGACUAUGGCCUAUUCUAUUCAAGUACUGAUGAUUAUAAGCUUGUUGGCUAUAGUGAUAGCGAUUGGGCUGUAGAUAAUGAUGAUCGCAAGAGUACAAGUGGGUUCGUGUUCUUCAUGGGAGCCACCGCUUUCACCUGGAUGUCGAAGAAGCAACCUAUAGUCACGCUGUCAACGUGUGAAGCUGAAUAUGUGGCUACCACAUCCAGUGGCAACCUAUAG